CCCGCCUCCCUAUUGCCCUUCUCGGCGGCCCUCGGCGUUGCGAAAAGAAAAGGAGGAAGGUUGUCCCAAACGUGGCGCCGUCUCCGGGCGUUUCUAAGGCAGACCGCGGCCCUUAGCGACGAAGCCGCGACGCCGCGCCAUGGCGGCUUCUCCUAACCCGACGGUGUUCCUCCUCAUGGUCAACGGGCAGAUCGAGAGCGCGCAGUUCCCAGACUUUGAUGACUUAUAUUGCAAGUACUGCUUUGUCUAUGGAUACGACUGGGCGCCGACUUCGGGUUUAGAAGAAGGGAUCUCGCAAAUCACCUCCAAGAACCGAGACGGACCUCAAGACCUUGUGUGGAAUUUCCCCAUCGAGAUCACCUUCAAAAGCACCAACCCCUUUGGCUGGCCACAGAUAGUUAUAAGUGUCUACGGCCCCGAUAUUUUUGGCAACGAUGUAGUUCGGGGAUAUGGAGCUGUCCACGUUCCCUUUACUCCAGGAAAGCACAAGAAAACCAUCCCGAUGUUCGUUCCGGAAUCAACGUCCAAGCUGCAGAAGUUUACAAGCUGGCUGACGGGAAGGCGUCCGGAGUUCACUGAUCCCAAGGUGGUCGCGCAAGGAGAGGGCCGUGAAGUGACCCGUGUUCGUUCGCAAGGCUUCGUCACCCUCACUUUCAACAUAGUGACCAAAGAUAUGAAGAAGCUGGGCUACGACGUGAGUCCUGGCAUUAUGUCCAAUCCGUCUCUGACGUCGGUCACUGAAGGAGUCCAUAAAUAUUAAGCCAAGGGGCCUCCAUCAGCAAACCCAGGGACUGCUCCAGGCGCAAACUCAAGGUGGUUAUUUUGGUCAUGGAACCAACACAAAGGUAGGGUUAGGAUGGAUCCAAAUGUUCGAUUCCAGAGCAGCUACAUCCCAGCAGAGACUAAAUACAGAUAUAAUGGUGGAGAGUAGUCUUGCCUCAUGCCACCUUUGUAUUUUUUUAAAGCAACUUGAAUCCAACAAAAGGAAAAUGGAUAAUGCAAGAGUGGAAAGCAGCUGGGCCGUCAAAUAUUGGUGGGCUACCACUCCCAGCAGCCCUUGUCAUUUCUAUUUUAACAGUAGACCUUGCAGAGCAGCAUGUGAUUUGAAGAAAAUUCUCCUUCAUACAGCAUGCUUUUUGAAUUGCUCUGAAAAGUAUUUUCACUUUAAAAUUGGUGCUUUCCAAGUCUCUACUGUCUCCUUUGAGGUUAGGUCACUUUUUAAAAAUCUUUGCUUUUUGUACCAAUUUCUGCAAUAAAGGAAACCGGGAAGAAAGGCUUCCUGAUGUUA